CGCUGGGGCUCGAGGAAGUCCCGGCCCCUCUCUUUGGGGAAGUACCGUGGAGGCGCCUGCGCACUGCGCCUGCGCCCCCUCCCCGGCGACAAGCAGGACUUCGGAUCGCGCGGGCGCUGUGACUCGGGGACUCUGCGCCCCACCCGAGAGGGAUUCUGUGCGCCUUCCUAUCUCGCGAAUACCCAGGAGUACAUCUUGCUGUCUGACUUAAGUCCCUGCUGCUUUAGAGCACGCCCCUUCGGCAGCCAGGGUGGGGCCCAGACCGAACCUGGCCCUCCCGCCCCCAUCCGCCUUUAGGUCGCUGGUGGGCUUGGGCAGCGGGGUUCGCCAUGGUGAGAGAGGUCUGGCCCGCCAUGGAGGUACAGAAAGAAGGGAGGCGGUAGUCAAGAGCACUCUGGACGACAUGGGUGGUCCCAACCGACCUUUGAUGGGUGCAAGGAGCCAGGACAAGAGCCUGCAGCUGGGGAAAAUGGCAGACACCUGCGUCUGCACAAACUGGACCCCAGCAUCCAGGCCCCACACACCCCAGGCUGUUCCCUGUCCAGUCAGCUGGUUGGAGAUGGAGCAUCUGAGGGAUGGUCUGCAGGGUGAUGACUCUGGAGAGCCUAGAGACCUUAGGCUACUACACCCCUUCCUUUCCCUAGAAGCUCCACCCCAGGGAAGUACAGCCCAAGCUACUUUUGUGUCCUGGUUUGCACGCUGGGAGACUUGGGAACCCACCAUCUCAGAAAUCGAGCCAGGUGGUGGGGCUGCCCUCAGUGUACAGACCUCAGGCAGAAGAGGAUAAAGGGCCUCCCUCUGCUGGAUUCAGGGCUACAGGAGGGUGGAUUUCAUCGACAAAGUAACGUGAGCCCCAGGUUAAUGUGAGGAAGGUGGGCAGAGCAGAGAUCUUAAGGCCUGGAUAGCCUAGCCUCCACCUGGUCAGAAAUGGGCACAGGCUGGGGAGAGAGGAGGCAUUCAAAACUGCUGCCAGGGUGCUAAUUGGAUGCUUUGCUUCUGUUUUUCCUGGGGACACUGGAAUUUGAAGUCAGCUUUCAGAGGCCUGAGAGGUUCCUAGAACCCCCUGUGAAGAUCCAAGCUCCCAGACUGCAGUGAAGGUCCAGAGCUGGCACCACAGAAUCUGUGCAACCCUCUCCACCCACACAUGCCCACCCCACAUGAGGCGGAGAAACAGCACACAGGACCAGAGGAGGCGGACAGGCCCCCCUCGAUGUCCAGCCAUGAUGCAGCCCCCUCAGGACCCCCCAGUCGCAACCCCUGCUGCUUAUGCUGGUGCUGCUGCUGCAGCUGCUCCUGGAACCAAGAACGUCAGCGAGCUUGGCAGGCUUCUCGGGAAAGCAAACUGCAACCCCUCCCCAGCUGUGAAGCUUGCACUCCACCAAGCCCUGAGGAAGUACAAAGCUGGGCACAGUCCUUUGACAAGUUGAUGCAUAGCCCCACGGGCCGCAGUGUGUUCCGGGCAUUCCUGCGCACAGAAUACAGUGAAGAGAACAUGCUCUUCUGGCUGGCCUGUGAGGAGUUGAAAGCAGAGGCCAAUCAACAUGUGGUGGAUGAGAAGGCACGACUUAUCUAUGAGGACUACGUGUCCAUCCUGUCCCCCAAGGAGGUGAGCCUGGACUCCCGUGUGCGAGAAGGCAUCAAUAGGAAGAUGCAAGAGCCAUCACCCCACACAUUUGAUGAUGCACAGCUGCAGAUCUACACCCUCAUGCACCGGGACUCCUACCCUCGCUUCCUCACCUCUCCUGCCUAUCGUUCUCUACUACUCCAGGGGGCUCCACAGUCCUCCUCUGAGGCCUAGGUGCUUGCCACACAGAUGUUCUACUCCUACAGGCAGACUAGGGGCUAACCCUGCCCCAUUUGGUUGGAAGUAGAUUCAGUCCCAAUGGCAACUGCAAUGUUCUGCUCUGCCCUAUCCUGCUCCAACUGGGGGUUCUCCUAGAUGGUGCCUCAGACCCCCCCCCCCCCCCCCCGCACAG